CCGCUCUGUCAAAUCACACCGGGGGCGCCGCGGCAGCAGCGAGAGGACGGCGCUGUGGAAAACCUUCCCAGGGAAACUUAUUUUAACUGCUCCAUGUUGGAUUUCCUUAAGAUGACACCGGAGUGAAAACCUUCACCCUUUUCAAACACCUCAAGUUAAUCCGGUUUACUAACAAUAAACCAGCUCAGGCUCGUGAAAAAAAGUCCGGAAAAAAACAAAAAAACAAGAGGAGCUUCAACGGCUAAAAUCUAAGAGGAUUUUUUGCGGUUCUAGCGUUUCUCCUCGUUAUUAUCGCUUUAAUUUUAAUGUUUUUUGGAGGGACUCGCCUCUUCCGAACCGGUUUGGACGUUUUAAGGUGUAAAUAAAGCCGGAAUAACGCCUCUGUUGUUCUUCUGUGGACUUUGUCGCUCCGCCUCGUCAUGUCGAGCGCCGCGCAGUACGCCAUGAAGAAACGGAAGAAGCCGGUGCAGAAAACCCCCAAACCUCCCCCACCGGACGGCGCCAAGUCUAACCCGUCCAAACGCCACCGGGACCGCCUCAACGGCGAGCUGGACAAGCUCACCAACCUGCUGCCUUUCCCAGAGGAGGUCCGAGCCCGGCUGGACAAGCUGUCCGUGCUGCGACUCAGCGUGGGCUACCUGAAGGUGAAGAGCUUCUUUAACGCCGUCGUGAAAGCCAGCCCGAACGGAACGAGCUGGACCGGCGACAGGGACCUGAUGUUGGGAGGAAACAACCCCAGCGCUCAGACUAACUCGCACUCCACCUCCUUCUCCACCGUGGCGACCUCCAUCGAUGGAGUCAGCUUCUCCGAGGGAGACCUGCUGCUUCAGGCGCUGAACGGCUUCGUGCUGGUGGUGACGGCCGAAGGUUACGUCUUCUACGCGUCCCCAACCAUCCAGGACUUCCUCGGCUUCCACCAGUCGGACGUGGUCCAUCAGAGCGUGUUUGAGCUGAUCCACGCAGACGACCGCGCUCUAUUCAGACGCCAGCUUCACUUCUCCUUCAACCCCAAUGUGGACGGCGCGGAGAAUCCCAAUGAGCAGAACAGCGCUGAGAUCAGCACCAACGUGGUGGCCUACGAUCUGCAGACCAUCCCUCCUGAAAACUCUUCUUUCCUGGAGAGAAACUUCUGCUGCCGUUUCCGCUGCCUCCUCGAUAACUCCUCUGGAUUCCUGGCCCUGAACUUCCGCGGCCGCCUGAAGUUCCUCCACGGUCAGAACCGGGUGUCGGAGAACGGCGCGCUGGUCCCCCCGCAGCUGGCUCUGUUCGCCAUCGCCACUCCGCUGCAGCAGCCGUCCAUCCUGGAGAUCCGCACCAAGACGCUGAUCUUCCAGACCAAACACAAGCUGGACUUCACGCCCAUCGGCAUCGACGGCAGAGGAAAGAUCAUUCUGGGUUACAACGAGGUGGAGAUCAGCAUGAAAGGGUCCGGCUACAGCUUCCUCCACGCUGCUGACAUGAUGUACUGCGCCGACAAGCACUUGAGAAUGCUGAGAACUGGAGAAACUGGUUUCUGCUUCUUCAGACUGCUGGCCAAAGAUCGGCGGUGGGUGUGGGUCCAGUCCAACGCCCGGCUGGUCUAUAAGGAUGGGAGACCAGAAUUCAUUGUGGCCCGACAGAGAGCUUUGACGAAUGUGGAAGGAGAGGAGCAGCUCCGCCUCCGCCAGCUACAGAUGCCGUUCAACUUUGCCACCGGAGAGGCUCAGCUCUACGAACUGCCUCUCAGCCUCGAGGUUUCAGACCUCUGCUCCGCUCCCAAGCAGCGGAAGCUUGAUGAUGAAUCCAGUAACUCUCACUCCUUACUGGGCUGCUUGAUGAACCAGGAUCAUUCUAUUUACUGCCAGCAUGAAAAACCCAACAGCAUCAACCAGCUGAGCGACGUGGCCUUCCAGGACACCCACGCCACGCCCAGAGAGGUCAAACCCAAGCCUCCUGUGGAGGAUCCGCUGUUGAAGUUAGACCCCACCGUUCAGGACAUGGUGGAGACCCUGGAGCAGAUCUUUGGGGAUGCUGACGUCAUCGGGGCGGUGGACGUGGGGCCGGAGGAGCUGCAGAGCUGGGAGAACUCUCUGAUCAACUUCACCACCAACAACGAGGUGUUCAAAGAGGACCUGAAUGACAUCCUGCGCAGCGACAUCCUCUCCUACGUGGCAGAGCAGCUCCAGAAGGAGGGGGGGUUGAUGUUUCCAGGUCAGCUGGACAAACCCUCUGCUGCCGAGCUCCAGAACCCCGACCUCAGCUGGCCCUUUCUGGCCCAGAACCAGCUGACUCCCAACGGAGGGGAGGUGCUGGUGGAACAGCCGCCUCCUCUCUCUGGAACCAUGAAGCUGAGCCACCUGGACUUUCCUCCCAUGAGUUCUCCUGGAGGAAACGUCCUGCAGCCACAGCUUCCAUCUUCCCUCAAGCUGAGCAGCUCCACAAACCAGAUGUUCAACCCUUCAUGUCGCCAAACCCACAGUCAGCAGAGUGUUUUCAAAACCAGUCCCACAGACUUAGCUAGUCAGCUCAACGCUAACCAAACCCCAGCGCAGCUGGGAGGGCCCGUCCCCGACCCAAACGCAGGAGGAACCCUAAACCCAAUGUUUCUCUUCAUGGGAAACCAGUGCAACGGCGCCAACACGCAUCGGAACUUUAUGGAGCCGUACGCCCCAGAAGUUUCAACCAAACCCAGUCUUUCCGCAGAUCCCUCCUCCAGCCGGUACACUCUGCGGGCGCUGAACGGCCAGCAGCAGCGGUCAGGCCUCUCUGUCAAUCAAAUAUCAGGAUUUCAAACGAGUCCCACCAUCCAGAACGCGUUCAGAACUCCAGAGACGCUUCAGUUUCCUGAACAACUGGACUGCAUGUUCCGGAAAGCCGCUGCUCCCAAUCUCCCUAAUGGAAUCCAUCCCGGUCAGACGGCGACGGACGCCUUCCAGAUCCCCGCCAAGACGUCCUGCUACUACCAGGCUCUUCCUCAAGGCGGCCCUGUGGCGGUUCCCCCGACUCCGGAAGAGGCGGUGAUGUCUUACCAAAUGGCUGCGGGGGUUAAGACCAAUGGUCUGAUGAUGCAGCAACCCUUCCUGCACUUCACUGAAAACACACAGAUGGAAAACCAUCCCGCCUUUGCCAACGGAGGAUUCUGCUUCACCUCGCUGUCCAACGGGAAGCUGUGCCUCACGGAGAACAAAUAGGAGCGAGCCGCCUGGAAAACCGGACUGAAACUCAUGUGACUAGGCAGCCGCUGAGGAAAACCUUUACAGACUGGGGUGGACUAGAGCGGAUUAGACUGAAGAACAGCUAAAGUUCAGGUUUGCUCAAGGUGAAGAAGUCCAGACCUACAGACGAUUCAUCUGAGAAGAAAAUGCAAGUGAUACGGUCUAAUAAAUAAUGACAUAUUAUUCUCCUCCAAUGUCCAUCAGAUAGGAGCUUUUCAAGCAAUUUUAUAGAAUUUUUAAGCUGGAUAAUCGUCUAUUUUAUAGUAAUAUCUAGUUAAACAGGGAGUCUUUAAAACCCCCAUUAAAAAUAAGGUUUAGAUUUAUUUUACAUGUUUGUAUCCUAAAGUUGUUCACAUGUAACAGAAAGAACUGUAUUCCCAUCAUUUAAUAACCAGACUCUCUAACGACCUGCAGAAAAGCCUUAAAGAAACACGAUGGAAAUGAAUGGAAGCACUGGGCUGAGCUGUUGGCGCGCGUCUAGAGACACGUAGAGAAAGAUAAAGCAUUAAAACUUUUAUUUGAAACACUUAGGAACGGCCGUGAGGCGUUCGGUCUCGUUGGAAGUGAUGGAAGAUCCAUAAAUCACUGCAAGUCUAAAAAAAAAAACCAGGCGUGUUGGUCUGGGUUCUCCACCAGGGGGCAGCAGUUGCCUUAAUUGGAUCCAGAACUGAUAACUGCCUCCUGAUUUGGAGAGAACCUCCAAUCCUAGAGGCCAUGGGCGGUAUUGCGCCGUACGUCCCUGCAUCCAUUAUUUACACCUACAGUGAAAGUUUAACAAAAGACCAGAACACUGAAGCAGCCGUUUUUUUUUUUGUUUUUUUUCUUCCCGCUGUCGCCUCCAGCGCACAAAACGUUCCGCUCUGUUUGCUUCCUGAUCCGAACGCUGAGAGGAAUCGGAUAUGUCACUGUUUUUAUUGCUGUUUUUAUCCGCCUCCAUUAGGUCCAUUUCAAGUGUCCCACAGAGGGCGGCUUUGCUUUGCAGACAGACAGGGUAGGAUAUAAAAAAAAACGCACAACAGUGACGUCAUCAACCUACUAACAGCCUGAAAGUCGAGUCGAUUCAGUGAAAAACAGCUGCUUGUUUGUACAUUUUAAAGCUUCGUCUCUGAGCCAGAUGUUUCUAUCCUUUCCUUUAAUUAUAUGUUUUUUUUCUUCUGUGUUUCUGCUCUUUUCUCGUCUGGGGGGUUAAAACACAGACAGUGCCUUAAACUAACAGA